GCUGCCAAGGACUCAAGCUAGUCGUUUCAUUUAAAAACGUACUGUGCUAUUGUGCAGCCUCAUCGCAAACCAUGAAGGUAUUCGCAGCCAUUGCUCUCUUCACCCUUGUGGCUUCCGUGGCGUUCGCCGAAGAGGUUGCUAAGAAGGACGAGAAAAAAGAAGAUAAAAAGGACGUGGAGGGACGCGGCGGCGUGCUCGGAGGCCUUGGUGGUUACGGCGCUGGAGUUGGUCCUGGCCUUGUGGGUGCUGGACUUGGAGGCCCAGGUCUUGUCGGUGGUGGAGUCGUUGGCAACCCUGCCUUGGUUGGAGGAGGCCUUGGGCAUGGAGUAGGCCUAGGGCAUGGAGUCGGCCUUGGCCAUGGAGUCGGCCUUGGCCAUGGAGUUGGCGGUGGCUUCCAGUCCGGCUAUGGGUCUUCGGCAGGAGGCCAUCAGUCUGGAUACAGGGGCGGUGCCGCUGGACACAACCAAGGAUCCGGUGCUUUUGCUGGGGGUUCUUCCCACAGGAACGUGAAUGCCUACAACAACAACCAGGGAUACAACCACAACUCAGGCUUCUCUGCCAGUGACAGCAAGAGCUUCGGCACUGGCCAACAGCAGGGUUCCUCCGGUUUCCAGGGAGGCGCCGCCGGACACCAGGGCGGAUUCGGACAGUCUUCUUUCGGGAAUGCUGCGGGUGUGGGCCAUGCGGGCGUCGGCCUUCUUGGAUAAGAGUAGAGCUUGCCAAAAGAGUUCGUGCAGCAGUGGAAAUCAUAUCAACGAGACAAAUACAUCAAGCAACACUUCAUUACUCAGGCAUUUGACGCUUACAAAGACAUCAAGUUCACCAAAUGAUCAAUAAAAACUUCACACUGAUUCA